AUUUCUUGUUGUUUUUGUUUCCUUUCUUCUUUCAAAUCAAAACAAACUUCGUUGUAUCGGUUGAAUGAAUCUUUCUUUUGUUAACUUUAAAUUUAACUACAGUGAUUAAUUUAAUAACGUGGUAAUAAAAUGGCAUCAUCGAAUGAGUUUCAAGACUUGGAUGAUGAAGUGUUAGAACUUUUAAAGAAUUAUAAACAUAAAAAAGCAACGGCAUACGAGCCUUGUUCUUUAAAAAAUAUUAACGAGUGUUUGAUCGGUCUUCGUGAGGAACUUGACCUUUUCAACAUAUCUUACACUUUCAAUCCACAUGUGGACAUUGAUGACAACGUUUUAACACCAGAAGCUCUUGUAAAGCUUAUAAAUUCAGUUUGGACAUUGUUAUAUUAUCAUAAAAGUGUAAAAGAAAAAGCUGAUGCAUUAACAGAACAAAACCAUGUUUUGGAACAUCAGAACAAACAACUUCAUGGUUCUUUGGGUAAAUUUAAAGAUAAACUAUCAAUCGAGAAGAAUGGAGCUAAAGCAUGUGUUGCUGAAGCCCAGAAAGUCUCCGAUCGUUCCGAUGAGCUUCUCCAUGCUCUAACAGAAACAAGAGCCAAACUUUUGAAAGUUAAUAAACAGAAAGAUGCCAUAGAAAAGUCACUACGCAAUGAGAUUUCAAGGAUUAAGUUGGAAAAUAAUAAAUUGACGGAUAGACUGAGAAACAAAUCAAGUGUCCAUGUAUCAUGCAGCGAAGUGUGUGAUUCAACAAUGCUGCGCCUCAAGGAACGUGAACGUAAACAUUUGGCUGUCAUAUCUCAACUGCAGCUCAAUAACCAAGAGCUACUACGGGAAGUGCUUGCUUUGAAGGAAGAAAUAAUAAUGGGGGGUCUCCAAAACUAUGACAUAGAUGAUAAGACAAAGUGAUAAACUAGCUUUUUAAUUCUGCAUUUAAUAAGUCUAUUAAUAAGAAACAAAACAAAAUGGUAACAAUGGCUGUUAACUAGAUUAAUCAAUUAGUGUUAUGUGUCAUGUUAAUUUUUUAAUGACUUGUUGACUUAAUUUUAAUGUUUGACAUCUUGCCUGAUAUUAACUAUUUUUGUAACAGCUAACCAAGCUGACAUCAAUCAGUAUUAUUGUUAUA